AUGGCUCGUUCCUCCUACUACGAGCCUCGUGCGGAGACGCCUGUGUCACCGCUUCUACCAGCGUUUCCCAUCCCCAAGUCCAGUAAUGCGCAUUUGCGACACCAGGCUGCGCGCCCUGGCGAUGCCUUCGACAUGAGCCCGCACCUCUACGGCUCGCCCAACAUGGCCGCGCGCAGCCCCAGCAUCUCGAGCUACUCCAGCACCUCGCAGUGGACCAGCGGCAUGCCGGCGAACCCCAGCAAUGUCCAUCCCGCCCCGGCCUACGUCGCGGCCUUUGGCGCAUCGCAGGUGGUGAGCGAGCGCAAACGCCGCUUCAGCGACGACGACGAUGAGGGUGGAGGAGGCGGGACGGCAAUGUCCAGCCGGGACGACAUGCAGUUCUCGCAGAAUGCGCUGGCACUGGUCAAUGCGUUUCUAGAUCAAUUGCUCUACAGCUUCCUGGGCAAUGCCAUGUCGACGAGCCUGACCGCAUUGCGGCCGGCGGUGCGCGAUGUGCUGCGAUCACGGCUAGCUACAGAGGCCAUUGCGAGCGCCGAGGAGGAGCUCCAAGAGCUGCUCGCAGGGGGCGACGAGGAGGAAGAGGAGAUGAAUCAGCGACAGACGGUGGCAGAACGCAAUCGCAAGUGGGACACGGAGCUGGUAUGGAAGCGCACGCGGUUGCGAGUCAUGGUGUAUACCAGACUCGGCGAAAUGGAAGACGACGACGAAGAGCGGUAUGUGCGCGAGGACGAGCUGUUCCACGGCAGCGACCGUCGCUUCUCGCACUCGAGCGGGUUGGUAUCGUGGGCGGCGGCCAUCUUCCUGACUUCAGUGCUGGAGUACAUCGCGGAGCAGGUGUUGCAGGUGGCUGGACACGCGGCGGACUCUCGUGCACGACGGCAGAGCAAGAAUCCGCGGGUGUCAAUGUCCGCAUCAGGCAUGGUGACACCGGUGGACGGGGUGACGGUCGAGGAUCAUGACAUGGAGAAGGUUGCACUGAACUCCACCCUGGGACGACUCUGGCGGACGUGGCGAAAAUCUUUGCGCGGCGGCAACAGCAACCCACCGCACGCUCCGCCCACGCCCACCACCGCCGCCAGCAACAACAACAACUUCUCGCGUCGCUUCAGCCGUGAUCCCUUCGGUGCGGCCAUGAGCCCCAGACGGAGCAGCUUCGGCACGGCGGGGCCUGAAUCAGUCGUCUCCGCACUUGACGAAUCCCGGCGACCAUCGAUGAGCACCAACAACGACAGGGGCUCGCCCAGUGCGGGUGACGACGAGCUGCCAGAAGCGCAAUACCCCGAACACGUCCUGGCCGCCAACAUCCCUCUGCCCAUUGGCGACGCCAAGCGCGAUGUCGACGAGAUUGAAGUUCCCGGCCUGGCGAGGGACCCAGACGAGCUUGAAACACAUGAAGAACUGACUCCCAUGGACAGCGAACCCAAGCGCAGAAAUAGCCACCACGCAGGCGCCACGCCUUUCAGCCUUAUAGGCAGUCUUAUAGGCGGCGCUAUGUACAUGACUGGCCGCAGCCGCAGGGACUCGUCUCAGACGACGAUCCAAGAAAAGCCCAUCUUGACUCGCCAACGUUCAGCGUCCGUGCCAACGCGUGCGAAACCAGUGCAGCGAGAGGAGAAGGCGAAGGACGAGACUGAUGAGACCCAGGAUCCUGAAGCUGCCGACGUUACAGCUGAGGCCGAGACCGAGGAAAAGGACGAUAAGCCUGAAGAGAAGGCCAAUGCCGCUGAAAUGGAACCUCGCAAACGCGACGAUUCCCCACACGUCAAGCCCGUCCUCGAUAAACUCGCUGCGAACGCUCCUCCCGACGACGACGCCGAGAAGAAGGAAGCGAGAGGCAUUCUGGGAAGUGCGGCUGCUGGGAGUGCUGCAGCGGCCGCGGCGGCGCUAGCUCUGGUGUAUGGGCCAAAGUUUGACAAGAAGGAGGCACGAAAGAGCUCGCCUGCGAAGGACACAGACAUUGAAGAGCGUGACAAGCAGAAGCAUCUGAUUGAUAUGAAGCGUUUCAGCGUGCCGCCGUCUGGCAGUCGUGUUGUACAGCCAGAGAAGGACGAUGAGGUAGAGAAGGACGCAGAAUCCAAGCCAGCGGUGCCAAAGACAGUCUUGCGGCCAGCCACUGCGGACAGUGACGAGAGCUUCUCGUUGAAUGACAAGAACGAGACGGAAGUGGUACAACAGCCCUUGGCCAAGCCAAGACACCUGUCUGGCGACUUUACGCCUGUGGAAGUUGAAGAAGAGAAGGCAGCGGAAGAGGAAGAGCCGGUGGAAGAAGAGGAGCCACCUGUUGACAUUGGAGUUGCCAGGACAUCAGACACUGCGGUGUCCACGCCGCGAACAGAGGAGCCCCCAGUGGAGUAUCACCAAGCAAGGGACAGUUUCACGAAUCCAGCCCCUCGGCGACCGUCCAGACUCAUUCUGGGCGCCAACGAGCCAGACGAGCCAUCACCGCUACGGAAGGAAAGCCAAAACGUCCAGGAAGAGGAUACUGGCAUUCCUGAGGUGACGCCGGAGAGCUUCCUGUCAAAGCGAUCACUCUCGCUAACGGUGUCGCCAAAGCAACAGGUUGAAAAGUCGAAAUCACAACCUCCACCACAGAAUCGCAGCCUGCGCGAAUCGCCCAAGAGAGCAAGUGUACCCAGUGCUCUUGUGCUCAGUCCCGAUGGCGGUAGUCACGGCCCAGUAUCGCCAGCUUUCGAAAAGACUCCUUCGCCAUGGAGGCAAUCGUUCGCUGCACCAGAGAAGAGUUCGCAGUGGGCAUACUCACCGAAGAAACCCAUGUCUGUCUCCGAGCCAUCACCGACGAUCCAAGAGCAUCCCGUCAUUCAGAAGAUCAUGAAGAGACAGGAGAACAAGGUGAGGGAGGAAGAGGAGAGCAAAGUUUUGACAAGUGCGAGCAUCAAAGGUCCCGAAGACUUUGAGAUGUUUGUGCAAGGAGGCGAUACCGUCAAGUACACCCUUACGCCGGAGAAUGUACGGGACGAUCCUUCGCAGGCAGAUGCCGUGCUGUAUCCGAAGACGACACGAAACGUAGAAAGAGUGGCUCCAUCUCCUCCACCAAAGCAGUCACCACCUCUGGACUCUCGAAUGGGGAGGAGCCAGACAUCCAAGCAAGCAACUUCCGCAAACCCUAUUGCUAUUCCACCCGAACCUGAAGACGAGCGGGAGGAAGAGACGUCAAGAGAAAGAGAAAGCAGGAGAGAAAAGCGAAGAUCAAUCAGUCGUCCGCCUGUGCGCAAUACCAGCAUUCACAGAAAGAGUGGCUUGGUGGCUCGUGAGCCGCAGGUUAUGACUGAGUCGACACGAGACUUUGCUGAUUUCAUUCGCUCAACUGGACCCAACAAGGAGCAAGAAGUGCUGCCUAUCCUCAACAAUCGCUCGACAACGUCUCUUAACUCACUACGACAAGCUCACAUCAAUGGCUCGCGGUCGUCAUCACCAGGGGCAGCUUCAGCUCGAAGCCUGAACCGGACUGCCCUGCAUAGCGAGAAUGUACCUCCAGUGCCGCCGAUGCCCAACAAAGGAAAGAACAGCAUAAUGCAGCCACGAGGACCAGCAUCAACAGCAGAUGGCACGUCUGAGCUGAUAGAUUUCAUUCGCACAGGACCUAACGGAUCAGAGCAAGCCGGACAGCCUAGGCAGCACCGGAUUUCACGGACCGUGGCCCCGUUCCGAACAACGAUGGACUCUGACCAGUUUAAUGAAUGGGGCGAACGUCUCGCCGCGCAACCAGACUUGAAAUUGAACACCAGCGUGCCAUCCGCACCGAGUGUGAAGAGCGCCUCAUCCAUGAAGUCUUCAGUCAGAACGUCGGCCAAUUCGAGGGCGCCGCUCCUGAAUGGGUCGAACGCCGGCGAGACCGUACAUCCAGCUCAUAGUGGUGUACCACAACGGUCGUCCUCGCUAUCCGCGCCUGAUGCGUCACCGAAGCCAUUGCAAACCACCACAAGCGAGCCCGCGGUGAAGCGGUACCGCAACAAGGACCCCUACGCCCUCGACUUCGACGAUGAAGACGACGACCUCCUCACAGCCCUGCCAAGGAACCGACGAGAAGAAGAAAGCCUCAUCGACUUCCUCCGCCACAGCGAGCCCCCCGCCAACAACUACCCUCGCGGCAUGAACAACACCAACGGCACCAGCAGCCCCCAAACCGCCAACAAAGGCGCCCCUCGCCGAGGCAGCACACCCGGCCUCCAAACCCACGGCGCCGACGCUGUCAGCAUGGGCCCCCGUCGAGGUUCCAUGCCCAACCGUGACGGGCCCCAACCCACCAACAAAACCGCUAACAGCAGCGCCCCGCGCCAACCCCAAGGAACCACCACCAUCGCCGUCGGCCCCAUCACCAAGCCCCGCCCACGAAUGGAAGCCCGCACCAACACGGCCACCCGCGACGCCGGCACGACAGACCUCGCCGACUUUUUGCGUAGUUCAGGACCACCGCCUUCCUCCAACCACGCUUCUUCCGGACCUGGCACUGGGAUGACGACGAGAGGCCAUUCGAGCAAGACGUCGAUUACGAGUGACAAGGCCAGCAAGAAGUCUGGACGGAGGAGUUUGUUCGGCGGGUUGUUUUCGAGGAAUAGUGCGCCGAAGCAGAGGGGGUAUUUGGAUAUGUGA